AGGGGGAAGAGCAGGAGAGGCGGAGGGGAAAGGAAAGGAAGGAAGAAGCCGGCGAACGACGUCACAAGCGCCGUCGCGAGGAGCCCUUUUCGUUGCCGUCCGGAGUAGGAAGGAAAGGAGGGGGCGGCGGCGGCGGCGAGGCCUGAGGAGGGGCGGUGGAGGAGGAGGAGGAAGAGGAGGAGGAGGAGGGAGAAGAUGGCGGACGAUCCCAGCGCUGCCGACAGGAACGUGGAGAUCUGGAAGAUCAAGAAGCUCAUCAAGAGCCUCGAGGCGGCGCGCGGCAAUGGCACCAGCAUGAUAUCCUUGAUCAUUCCCCCCAAAGACCAGAUUUCCCGAGUGGCAAAAAUGUUAGCUGAUGAGUUUGGCACAGCAUCAAAUAUUAAGUCUCGAGUGAAUCGUCUUUCAGUCCUUGGCGCCAUUACUUCUGUACAGCAACGGCUAAAACUAUAUAACAAAGUACCUCCAAAUGGUCUGGUUGUUUACUGUGGAACAAUUGUGACAGAAGAAGGAAAAGAGAAGAAAGUGAACAUUGAUUUUGAACCUUUUAAACCAAUAAAUACAUCAUUGUAUUUGUGUGAUAAUAAAUUUCAUACAGAGGCUCUUACAGCACUAUUGUCAGAUGAUAGCAAAUUCGGUUUCAUUGUAAUAGAUGGUAGUGGUGCACUUUUUGGGACGCUUCAAGGAAAUACCAGAGAGGUGCUGCACAAAUUCACAGUGGAUCUUCCAAAGAAGCACGGGAGAGGAGGCCAGUCUGCCUUGCGUUUUGCUCGUUUGAGAAUGGAAAAACGUCACAACUAUGUAAGGAAAGUAGCAGAAACUGCUGUGCAGCUGUUUAUUUCUGGUGACAAGGUGAACGUGGCUGGUCUUGUGUUAGCAGGGUCAGCUGAUUUCAAAACUGAAUUAAGUCAAUCAGAUAUGUUCGAUCAGAGGUUGCAAUCCAAAGUAUUAAAGCUAGUUGACAUCUCAUAUGGUGGUGAAAAUGGAUUCAAUCAAGCAAUUGAAUUGUCCACUGAGGUCCUGUCUAAUGUGAAAUUCAUUCAAGAAAAAAAGCUAAUAGGCCGAUACUUUGAUGAAAUCAGUCAGGACACAGGAAAAUAUUGUUUUGGGGUCGAAGAUACUCUAAAAGCCUUAGAAAUGGGAGCAGUAGAAAUCCUGAUAGUUUAUGAGAACCUGGAUAUAAUGAGAUAUGUACUUCAUUGCCAAGGCACAGAAGAAGAGAAGAUUCUUUAUUUGACACCAGAACAAGAAAAAGAUAAAUCCCACUUCACAGAUAAAGAGACGGGACAGGAGCACGAACUCAUAGAAAGCAUGCCUCUGCUUGAGUGGUUUGCAAACAACUACAAGAAAUUUGGAGCCACAUUGGAAAUUGUGACAGACAAGUCACAGGAAGGAUCCCAGUUUGUGAAAGGAUUUGGAGGGAUUGGAGGUAUCUUGCGGUACCGAGUGGACUUCCAGGGAAUGGAAUACCAAGGAGGAGAUGAUGAUUUUUUUGACCUUGAUGACUACUAGGUAGUCGGCCUGGGUCUGGCAAAUGUGCCUCACCCCUCCAGCAUCCAACCCAAGGAGAAAACUCAUGAUGGAAAACAAAACAGAUCCCUGCCUUAGAAUUGGAGUAUUUCCAGAACUUUAUCCAGAACAUCGGGUUUCAAAAAAAGAAAGAGAAAGAAAGCAAACCCUACUGAUUUGUCAUAGUGUCAGUACAGCAGCACUCUACUAGAUUUCUAUAAUGCCAUUUGGACUAAUUAAAAAAAAAAUCCCAGUUUUUACUUUUACUUAAUGGUGAAAUUGGUUGCUCUUGUAUUUUAUGAAAAUGAUUUUUUUAACCUUCAGCUAUAUUAACUGCUCUCAACCUUCAUUUGAAACAAAGUAAUUAUACUGGUUUGUUUCUUACUUUGAUAGGAGGAAAUUUAUUGCUGCUUUUUGCAGUUUUACGACCCAUUUACAUGGCGUUCUUGGCUUAGACUGCAGAAGAACCAUCUUAGGGAGACCUUGUUCCUCUUGUUCCCAGUCUACAGUGGUGGAAGUAAAAGGAAUUAAACUGCUGUGCCAGCUUUGAAAGGUGUGACUUUAAAAUUUGAGAGGUCCACCUAGUUCAUUCUUAGACUGCAAAAAUACUGUUUGUAUAAAUCAGGAAGUGUGUUUCGUUGAAGAAAAUUGAAGUGCCAGGGUCUCAGCAGGCUUAACCGGGAUUAUGAGUUGUGUGGCCUUCACUUUUCCCUUUUGUCAGUCAAUAAACAGUUUCCACAAGCAAGCUAAUACUGCUUACGCUUGGUUCUGUACUUUACUAGAGUUUUUUUUUUUUCAAUGUUUUGCUUUGGGACUGCGUAAGCUGCCUUGGUGAAUCAACAGCCAACAUUCACAAACUGCUUUAAAAUGCAAUUAUCUAGCAAAAUGUGACCGACAUAAGCCUUGGAACUGGUGGUUAUGGAGCUUCUGUAGAAAUAAGAAACUUUUUUUUUUUUAAAGAAAUUAGGCACCAAAGAUUCACAUUCAACACUAUGGCAUAGUUCAUGCAAGGCAGUUAGCUCACUUCCCUGCAUUCCUUUAGGACUGGCUGAUUUUCAAAAGGUACUCUGAUAUUUUUUUUAAUGCCUGGCUCUGUUCUCAUUUUCCUUAUCUUUCUUGUGUUGGUCAAAGACUCCCAACCUGCAAACAUUGUAUAUCGUUCCAAAUCCUGCCUCACUUGAAUUGAAGGGAGAGUUGUCUUAACUAAGCCUUCUCAUCACAGUAUAUACUUUAAAAGGUCCAAAAUGACACUCUUGUCAAUGUGAGCAAUAGAAUUUGUAUCUUUUUAUAACUUGGCAAGCAGGCAAUACAUGUGUUUGCCCACAGGAAGUUUUCACAUUGGGUGGAAUCUGUUAGGGAAGCUCUUCAUGAUUAUGAAUAUUCAGACUGAUUUGCUGAAAUUGUGAUCACAAGCAUCCUUAAGCUCUUCAAAGCAGCAUACUUUGAUUUUGCCAUUGUAAAUGGGUCUGCUAUGACAUGACAAGAGCAGAAAAAUUGGGUGUAAAUUUACAGUUUUGAAUAUACUGCUUGUUUCACAUUUAGGGUAUGCAGCUCCUUUUUUUUUUUUUUUUUGUAGUUUUAUUUUUACUAUUUAAGUUUGGAAAUGAUGCCAAAAUUUUGUAUCUCUUUAAUCAAUGUGUGAUCUCUGGUGGUAUAUAUUGCAUUAUAUAUUGAUGUAUAUAUCAAUAUAUACUAAUAUGUAUUACACUUAACACAAACACAUUAAAAGGAUGCGAAUCCUAGCCUUUUGCAUACUACGUAGCCUCUUCAGAGAGCUCCCAAGCAGUGAUAUCUUGGUGUUGUGAUGUACAGAAAUGGAGAAGAGUAUUAAACCAUAUUUAAGAAUA